UCAGUACCAAAAGCGGUAACCCCGAGCUACACUCGGGCUUACCAUGCAGCGUUGCAUAGGGAGUCCCUGCAGCGCUUACCUUGUCCUUCGCUCCCGCGAUGUGUCCCCUGCAGCGUCCCCAGCCAUCUCCUCCGGCUGAUGCCGGCAUCCGGCUUCCGUGUUCUGGUCCCUGUGACGUCGGGACGUACGGGCGCCGGAACCGGUGGCAAAUUUGAAAUUUAAAAAAAAAAUUUGUCAUUUUUUUAUUAUUACAUUUUGUCUACUGCUUUGUCCUGUCCCCUGCCUGCAUUUUGACUGUUCUUUUUG